CUGGCCCAUCUCGCUGCCGACUUGCCGAGCCCCCAAACCCCGUCGCUCGUCUUCCUCCUCGGCGCUCCAGUACCCAUCCCGCUGCCUUGCGCCCCAGCCCCCUCGCUCCGUCGCUGUCGCUCGUCUUCCUCCUCGGGCAAGCGCCGCCACCAGGAUCAUUCUCUAUUGAUCAAAAAUGAAGUGAGACCUGUGAAUUGUGUACCAUAUUAGCGUUAGAUCUGUUCUGGUAGUAACCAAGUCAGCCCAUGGCAUUGUCACAAGAAUCCAAAUCCUUGUGCUUGAAGCGCAAGCUCGUCGAUGACUGCCUGUCAAAAGAGUGCAAAUCUCGUCGAGUCAAAGUUGACAAUGGACCUUCAGCUGAUCCAUCUGCUAAACGAUGCAAGUGUUGUUGCACGCGACCUAACCUUGCCAGUGACUGUGUCAAUUACCUGAAAAGUGGAGUUCCCAGCCGUAUCGUGUUUUACAAACAAGGUUCUUGGUACAAUUUUCCUGAGCUAAUAAUGAACUCCCUGAUUGAAGAAUUCAAAGGGGGGAAAUCUAGUGUUGUGACUGUUAUGGAUGAUGAGCCUGUUCUUGUUGAUUUCUUGUCGAUGACCCUCGUCAACCUAAAAACCAGGAAGCAGCGAUCUGUUGCAUGGUUUGAUGAUACUGGAAAAGGCUUUUUUCCUUCUCUGUUCUUUGAUGAGCAAGCUGAUGAAAUGGCCAAUGUCACCUCAGGUAAUGUCGAAGGCAAUGCACAGGGCAUAAUGUUGGACAAGGUUGUAAAUUCUCCACCUGAAGUGGUGAAGCAAGUUGUUCUUGAAUCUAGCCCUCCAGUUCCACAGAAUCCUUCCACUGCAGACGUAUUGCGUAAGAAGAUCACAUCUGUGGAAAGAGGAACCGAAGACUUUUUGUUUGUUCAGGAUCUUUUCCUCUCUGGUCUGGGUCCAUUUGCAACACCAAAUAACAUACUUCAUAUCCACCGCUACGCACCGAAUGAUAUCACUGCACAAUGUCGACUUCAAGCUUUUGAAAGACAAAUGAGUUGCACCAAAGAAGAUCGUGGUGAUUCAAAUGUAAGAUAUGGAUGGCUUGGAUCUACAAAGACUGACAUAGUUAGGAUUCUGAUUCAUGGUUUCGGUACGACUGGGAAACCUACUGAGAAGGCAUGCUUGAGCGCUGGUGUUUAUCUCUCACCAGAAGAUCGAGCCUUUACUAGUGUUGGUCUUUGUGAUGUUGACGAAAAAGGGGUGCAGUACAUGUUGCUGUGCCGAGUGAUAUUGGGCAACAUGGAAGCUAUCACGCCUGGAUCACAAGAUUCUUUCCCAAGUAGCGAGAUAUAUGAUUCUGGCGUUGAUGAUUGCUCAAAUCCGAAGUGCUACGUUAUGUGGCCAUCUCAUCUUAGCACUCACAUUCGCUUAGAGUAUCUUGUUAGUUUCAGACUUCCCUCAAAAGUUCGACAUUAUUUACUUGGCCUAAAGGGUUUAUGGUUUCAGCCAUCACCAAAGGAAGUUCCAGUGGAUGUUUCUACUCUUCAACCUAUAAUGGGUGGAACUGGUGAAGCACCAACAUCCCCAUGGAUAUCCUUCAAAGUUCUGUUUGCGAUGAUUCAAGAUAAUAUAUCAUCUGUAGCUAGGGAAUUGCUCUUCCAUCAUUAUGAAGAGCUGAAGGAAAAUGAAAUAAGUCGUGAACAGAUGGUAAAGAACAUGAUAGUAAUAGUUGGAGAAAAGCUGCUUCUAGAAACCUUGAAGAAACUUCAUUACUGUCCAUCAUUGUGGUAUAAAUCUUCUAUUGAAGUAAUAUCCGGUGAUCCUGUAAGGACAGCAGCAGAAGAUCCUGCAAGGACAACAAAAGGACAAAUAUCCUUGGAUCAAAAAACCAGGAACUGUGCAUUAACUCUUCGUAACCUUGGUGAUUCACAUGCACCAAAUGCUCUGGCUGGAAGUUCCACAGCUCUUAGCAAUAAAGGAUGUGAUGCUCUUGCAGUAGGCAUGGUGCUCCAAAGCUACGAUUCUUUGACACCAAGCAGUGUACCAGAAACAUCUACUUCUGCUGGUGCCAUAUGUCGGACUUCGUCUAAUCUGGAACCUAAAGAUCCUUUUGCAGCUAGAAUGGCGCCUAUAGUCCAUGAUGGACUUUUGAAGACAGCUUCUGGAAAAAAUGCAUGUCUUGGUGCGGAAGGUUGUAGUUGUAUUGCACCAAGCAUGAGACCUUCUGGUCAUGCUUCUCUAGCACCAACUAACGCCUCAAAAGGUCAUGUGAUUGUUGCCCCAGGUCUCAGUCCCAAGGGCUCUGAAUCUCUUGGACCAGGUUUGGCACUUGGAAAUUCCAAAUCUAGAGGUGUGAAAGGAUCCAGUUCUGUGCGGAGAAGAACACCUGAAGGCCAGGAAUUUCUUUCAUUGAGUAUUGCACCACAGUCACAAAGCCCGGUACUUCAUUCAGUUAAGGACCAUGGUGGCGUCGCAGCUCCAGUCCAUGCACCAGGACAUGUAAAUUCUCCACCUUUGAGCACUGUAUGCUGCGAUUCUCUAGCACUGAGUAUCGCAUCAAAAGGCCAUGAUCCAACAACAUCAUCAAGUAAUAAAGAGCCAAAAUGCCAUAGAGCUCCAACAACUCAUACAGUGUCAGAAUCCCAGCACUCUCAAGUGCCGAGUGCAGCCACCAAGGGGCAUACUGCUCCCACACCAAUAACUGGGGAGCCGAAAAACCAGUCAGCACAAUUUGAAAAGCGCAAUAAGUCACCUGGACCAAUCCUUGAGCCUGGCAGCAAUAUUGCUCAAGCGGCUGAUAUCCUCAUUGCCCUGUCAACUCCACGAGAGAAGGGCAAUUAGUAGAGCAACAGCCAUUGUGCUGAUGACCCUUUGGUUCCCGUUUUGGAUCUAUAUCGUUGCACAUGAAUGUACCAAUUUCAUGUGCGGAAGCGUAAAGCUGGCUUGCCGCUGUACUCGCGGGUACUUAUUUAGGUCAGUUGUAAUGUAAACCAGUGGGAUCUGCUAGUUUUGCUUACUCUUUAGGACAUAUCAAUCAGCCUGUCGACUCUGAACAUAAAUAGUUUUUACCUGUGGAAGUUUGCUAUUAUCUCCGGUA